GCGGCGGCGCGGCGGCUCGGAGGCGCCGGGCCCUCUCGGGGCCGCGCGGGGCCCGGGCGGGGCGGCGGCGCGGCGGGAGGAGGAGGAGGAGGAGGAGGAGGAAGGCGUCCAUGAAGCGGGCCCGCGCAUGGAGGAGGCCAUGAGCAGCGACCGCACCGAGAGCGACUGGCAGGGGCUGGUGAGCGAGUACCUGGUGUGUAAAAGGAAGCUGGAGAGUAAGAAGGAGGCGCUGCUGAUCCUGUCCAAGGAGCUGGACACCUGCCAGCAGGAGAGGGACCAGUUCAAGCUCAUGGCCAAUCAGCUUCGAGAACGCCACCAGUCGCUGAAAAAGAAGUACCGGGAGCUGAUCGAUGGAGAUCCAUCACUUCCUCCUGAAAAGAGGAAACAGGCUAAUCUUGCACAACUAUUGAGAGAUUCUCAGGACCGAAAUAAACAUCUGGGAGAAGAAAUUAAAGAACUUCAGCAGAGGCUUGGAGAAGUCCAGGGUGACAAUAAGCUCUUGAGGAUGACAAUUGCCAAACAAAGGCUCGGGGACGAAGAGAUUGGUGUGCGGCACUUUGCAGCCCACGAGCGCGAAGACUUGGUGCAGCAGCUGGAGCGGGCUAAGGAGCAGAUCGAGUCUCUGGAGCAUGAUCUGCAGGCCUCGGUGGAUGAGCUACAGGACGUUAAGGAAGAGCGAGCCUCCUACCAGGACAAGGUGGAGAGGCUCAACCAGGAGCUCAACCACAUCCUGGGCGGCCACGAGAACCGCAUCAUCGACGUGGACGCUCUGUGCAUGGAAAACAGGUACCUUCAAGAGAGGUUGAAGCAACUCCACGAAGAGGUGAACCUCUUGAAGUCCAACAUUGCAAAAUACAAGAAUGCUCUCGAGAGACGGAAAAACUCAAAAGGCCAGGGCAAAUCCAGCAGCAGUGCGCUGACUGGAGUCCUGUCUGCGAAGCAAGUUCAGGAUCUGCUGUCCGAGGACCAGGGGUGCAGUCUUCCCGCUACUCCCCAGUCCAUUUCUGACCUGAAGUCUCUGGCAACUGCCCUGUUGGAGACGAUCCACGAGAAAAACAUGGUCAUCCAGCACCAGAGGCAAACCAACAAAAUCCUAGGGAAUCGGGUGGCUGAGCUGGAGAAAAAAUUAAGAACUCUGGAAGUUUCUGGUUUGUGGAGUCUUCCAGGCCUGAGCUACAAUGUUUCAGUAGGAUUGGGGAGGGGCAAGGACACCCUACUGUUAAGCGACUCUGCUCUUCCCACCAUACAGAGGUCGAGAUCCCCACUGCUGAAGUUUGUUGAACAGCCCACAGAGACCAGAGUGAAUCCCAAGGACGCACAAGGAAUGGUCUCAUUUUCAGGGGAGGUUCAGAAGCAAGAAGGAGAUGAAAGCUGUGCCGCCGCCGGGGUGUUGACAGCGCCUGACGAUGCUGUGAGGCCCGCUGUCAACUCCCCAGCAAAUCCGAGCCCCGGGAACCCGCGCGAGCACUUUCAUCCUUCAUUACCCCAGUUACCUUCUGCGGAAGGAGAAGUAAACAGGCUUGGAAGGGAAAUAAUUAAACUGACAAAGGAACAGGCAGCUGCUGGACUAGAAGGGGUCAGGAGAGAGAGCCCCACGGAGGGGCGGAGGGGCGAGCUGGGGCUGUCACUGCCGGGCCUGGCCUCCAGCGGGGAGCUACCCACAUCUCUCCUGGACAGCUUGGAGUCCACACAGCCAACCGCCGAGGAUUGCACGUGGGAAGAUGGCAAAGGGGUCCCGGAGGGUGGAGACACAGAGAGCGCCGUGCAAACAUGAAGGGGAUCGGGUCCGACGUGAGGACGCAUUGGAGGCAGCAGGGACGGUAAAGAACGCAGGAAACGGCAGAGCGCGCGCCCAGGUUGCCUUCUCCUAAAACACCUCCGCGUGUGCAAAUGAGAAAACACUCUGCUCCCGCUGCAAACUGUGAACGUACCGAGAUGCCGAGGCCGUUUGAUUUAUUAAAUGCGGGGCCUCAAGCUCCUCAGCGUCAUCUCUUUCUGCCGAAGAUGCGCUGCUGUGAACACGGCCAGGCCCGGGAAUCGUGGCUGCCAUAUGGCUGGUUCUCGGCAUCCGUCUUUCUGUCAGCAUUUGUUUUAUUAGAGAUAAGAUGUUUUUCUAUUAGCAUUUAAUGUUGUCGAUCAAAAUUAUGGGAAGAGCUGGAAACGGAUGGGGUUUUUAAUCAGGUCUCCGUCUUGGUAAUAGUGAGGCGGCUGGAGAGAAAGGUGUCAUUGAGCAUAAUGUGUCCGCAGGGCCCACGGCUGCACUCCGUCAUGUCAGGGCCCCGAGGACCUCGCAGCCUGGGUGUUCCUGGCAUCCCACCGGCAGCACUGUCUGUCACGCACCGACUGGCAGGUGGAAGGGGACUUAGGCUGCUGAGUAGGCUGGGCUUCUGGUUUGAAAUCCACAGCCCCUGUUGAGGCCGGUGUGCUGACGGCCAGAACUGGGUUCUCCCGCCCCAGGGUCUGAAGGAUUCACUGAGGUGAAGUGAUGGAGCCGGAGGGGGAGGGGAGGGGGCCCCCAGGUUGUUCUGAUUUUUUGUUUCUGAGAUGAGCUGAGUGCUAGAGCUAGAAAUGAUGGGUGUCUCUGUUCCGCGUGGGCUAUAUACAUGCUUUUAUUGCCAUUGGGGCUUGGGAAGGGCUACUGCUUAUGGACCAGUCUAGUUUUCUGGAGCAGCCCUUUACUCUUUCAGAACAUUCAAGCCACCACCUCUGGGCCACCAGGCACUGGGGUUUUAGAGACAAGACUCAGCUCGUGGCCCUACAGAGUAAGGAAAACAUGAUAACUUCACUACAGCCCAGCCCAAGGAGAGGACUGAAAACCAAGUAUAAGGGUCAAGGGUGGGGAAGGAGGGAAUGGUCCACCCUACCUGCUUCUGUCCUUGGGGGUGAAAAUGAGCUUUCCAGGUGACAUCAGAGCUGCAAAGAAUUGCAGAGGCACCAGACCAUAGACCUUUCUCCGAACUGGGCUGGGUUCCUCUCUCCAGGAUGGCCCAACGCCAGAUCCCAAAGCUCAGAACACCUCUGCACCACGGUCACUCCUCUGAGCACCUCCUGCAGGGAAGAGCCUCUGGGGAGUGGAGGUUGAAAAUGCAGCCUAAGGAAACCAAAGCUCGUUCCAGGGUCAUGGUCCUGGCUGGGACACCUAUCCACAGUGGCCAGCCUCCGCCGGUACUUCUCUGUGGUUCUCAUCUCCUGGUGGGGCCUCCAGCUGCUGCUCUCCCACUCCCCAGAGGCCACCUGCCUGCCUUGUGAAACGAGAGGGUGCCGAGUCGGUGCCCUGUUACUCCUGGGGACAAGGACACAUCCUCAGUCUCUGACUGAGAGCCCCCAGUGUUCCAUUCCUGCUCUGUGUCCCAGUCUAUCAUUUACCCGCCAGGCCUACCCCAUAACUCCUGCUCAGGGGAGGUGGCUUCUGAAUCUGCCGAGCUCACACAGGCCAGUGGUCAUGAACUUUCCAGGAUUGGGCCUCAACUACUGCACAGGACCCCAGAGCCAAAGGAAAACACAACCAGAUUUCAUACAAUAAUAACAAAAAUUCUGCCACACAUACAUUCUGGUAUUGACACACAGUUGACCUCAUUUGUCACCUUCUAGAAAGCAGGGCAGAUGAUAAACUCUAACACAUGUCAUCAGGACUGGAAAGCUCUGUGAACCCCAGAGAGCCUGGGCUUUGGGGAGAUGGGGACAGAGAGAGCCAUGACUUAAACUCUCUGGGUACAAUUAGCCUGGGAGGGUCUUGUGUUAUUAAGUGGGCCAGGAGAGGUGAGUGAGAAUCCUGUCACAUAGGAUCCAGGUCCAACAAGCCAUUCACCAUGUCCCAUCUAACAUGGUUCUUCUGUUCCUCAGACAUUAAUGGGAGCGUCACCAAUUCCUUGUGGUUGUCUGCUGUCUUCUUAAGAGUUGUUGGGAAGAUCUGCUAUGUUCUUGCCCCCAGUCCACAAGAUGACCCCACUUCAGUCAUGGUUCUCUCAGCAGCAAGUCACCCUUAGGGAAAUGUCAACAAAAGGGAAAGGUGUUCUCGUGCAUAACAAGAUCUUCUGAAGUGCAGCCCUCCAGGGGGUGCAUUGCAGAAAGUCAGCAGGGAGCUGGGCUUCCAUCUCCCUGCUUCACUUUCCUCAUGAUGAGAAGACAGCUGCACCAGCUCUGGGUGUCACCUGUUCCCACAUAUGUCCCAGGGCAGAAGGCAGUUUCUCCCCACAUAUGUAGGUGGGGGCUUUAAGAGCAAGGAAUCCAGUUCCUGCCACAUUUUAUUGGUCAGAAUCAUCACAUGCCACCUAACCAAGCCACAUGCCUGUGUCUAAAGCAGUCUCUAGUAAGGAGAUGGUUUGCCUGUGAUGGGUUUGCAUUCAUGGAGAUUUACUCUCUGGAUCAGGGAGGAGCCUUGUCCCCAGGUGCACAAGCACCAAAGGGAUAACAGAUAAAGAAGACCAUGUCUUCGAAGUGCAGGAGAAGAAGUCACCAGUGGUGACUUUGAGCCCCACAUGUCUAGCCCGUCUUUGGUUACCUUUGAGUUUGGAGUUGGGGGAGGGGAAUUUUUUGGCCCCCUCCUCCCUGGGUUCUUCAGGCUGUCCUGCUCUGUAGGUGGAGGCUCCCACCUGUUUGCCUCCACAGGUGAGUCCUGCUACGUUCCCAGCUUGCUUGCCUGCAGAAUGCAGAAGAGUCUGGAUAGAUGCAGUCAAUCUGGCAGGUCUCCUAACGCAGGUUCUUCCCACACUCUGCAUUCCUGUGACUGCUCAGUACCGGGAGCUUUUAGGUGUGGAUUUUUACAUACGGGUAUUUUCUCUUUCUUUUAAUUAAGGCAUAUGGAAAUGGAUUGGUGUUUGUAAACCAGGCAUUUCUCAUCCCCGAUUCCUUCCUGUUCCACAUGCCUCCUGCCCACCUGCCACCCUCUUGCCUUCUCCCACAGCUUGCCCCAUGUCCGCUGGCCAGGGGCCUGGAUGGCCCCUGCAGUUCAGCCCACUGGAGCCUCCUUCCCACUGGCAACCUUAAGACAGCGGAACGAGUUUCAUUUCCCGUCCUCAUUCCUCUUCCUGUGUCCUGGCUCCCAAACACAUAUCCCCAUCGCUGUGCAAAGUUCUAGAACCAGGCUCUGCCCUCAGUUACUCACACUUCAGAGUGAUUUUUCCCAUGAAUCCCUCCCACUGGGAGCAUUUACACCCUGCUGAUCAUAUGGCGUGGAAAGUUCUGUUUCCUCUUUUAGGAAUUUCAAAGACCAGACACUUGCUUAUUGAGGGUGUCUUUCUGUCUCUUUAAAAUGACAGUUUGCCUUGUCCCUCUGGCUGCACUGUGGGUGACAGGCACCUACUUCUCUUCGGAAAAGUUCUCUUUGAGCACCUUCUCUCUCUGCUAUCAUUCUGGAAGCCUUCAUUUGGAGCAGUCCUCCUCCUUGGUAAUACCAGGGUAGCUUCAGACAGCUCCAGUUAGGAUGUCAAAAAGUCAAAGCCCGACUCGCUGCUUUAAUAUAUUCCUUUUUCCCCAAAUGUCUUUCUGAACAGAGAAAAAACUGAAGAUCAGAGAGAUGUGAACGGGAGCUCAAAGCAAAUCUAAUUAGAAAGAAGCAGAAAAAAGUAAGAAGGCCUUGCCUCUCGAUAUUAUGGUGGCUCACAAAACAAAACAGGUUGAUACAGCAUGAAAGCAAUUUAAAGUGAUAGAUACAGAUAUGCUGUCUUACCUUUCAUAUUACCUCUUUGCUAAAAGAAUUUUUCUUCUGUAUUCAGAGGGAAAGUCUGCAGAACGCUGAACGGUUUGAUUUGGAGAAUCUGUGAGCUCAGGAAUAUAUCUGGGGAUCGGAGCCAAGGCCAGUGAUAGCCUAUUAAAUUUAAAACAAUUGGCUUUUUUUUUUUUUUGUAUUUUUAUUUAAAGAAAGAAGGAGCCUCUAUUCAUGUGCAGACCUUGCUAUAUUGGAUUCUCUGAUCAUUAUGUAUCGCAACUCUGUCUUUUUUGUUACCUGAAAUAAAAAUGUGAUAAUUU